AUGACGACAGAGAAGGUAGCAGAGAAGUCCGACCCUAUCGAUGGAGGGGAGGAUGCAUCAUCUGUGGAGGUAUUCAAUGCUUCGGGUCACCGUCAGGAAGUCGACCGCAAUUUCAGUCUGUUGAGUAUCUGUGCCGUUGCCGUCACGACCGGAAACACAUGGAUUGCCCAGGGUGGCAGCGUGGUAUGCUACGAUUAUAUCGCCGUGUCUGUAUGCUACUGGCUAGUUGCAGCCUCGAUUGCAGAACUGGCAUCUGGAAUGCCAUCUGCCAGUGGAGUUUACCACUGGGCUACCAUCACUGCGGGCAGAUACGGACGGGUGUGCGGGUUUUUUGCCGGAUUCUGGAACUCGCUGGCAUGGAUCCUGGGCGCAGCCUCGAUGUCAGCUAUCCUCGGACAGCAAACAGUGUCGAUGUACGCCCUCAUGCAUCCUGGCUUUGUGCCUCAGUCCUGGCAUAUCUUCGUGAGCUUCAUCAUCUGCACCUGGAUGUGCUGUUGUAUUGUCCUCUUCAUGAACCGGUGGCUUCCUCACAUCGGCAAUCUCGGCCUGUUCUUCAUCCUUGCCGGUGUAUUCACCACCAUCGUUGUCUGUGCCGUGAUGCCUCACAUCAAUGGCACCGGCUACGCAGCCAGCAAGGAGGUUUGGAGCUCCUGGCAAAAUGACACAGGCUACUCCAGCCAAGGCUUUGUCUUCGUAGCUGGCAUGCUCAACGGCGCGUACAGUGUUGGCACACCGGACUGCUCAUCUCACCUCGCCGAGGAGAUUCCCCAACCAAGCCGCAACAUCCCGAAAGCCGUCCUCGCGCAAAUGACCGUCGGCUUUCUCACCGGCAUCGUUUACAUGAUCGCGCUCUUCUACAGCAUUACCGACCUCUCCGCCGUACUCAACAGCGUCUACGGCUUCCCACUGGCCGAGAUCUACUACCAAGCAACCGGCACCCGCGGUGGGGCGCUUGGCCUCUUGAUCGUCGCCUUCUUACCAACGGUCAUCACUUGCGCAGGGUGCUAUAUCACGGCCGGACGCACCCUCUGGACCAUCUCCCGCGACCAAGCGACGCCCUUCCACAGUUGGCUCGGCCACAUUAACACGCGCAUGCACAAUCCCUUCAACGCGACCCUCGUCUGCGGCGGUAUGGUCACCAUUCUGGCGUGCAUCUACGUCGGCUCCACGACCGCCUUCAACGCCUUCGUCGGCUGCUUCGUCCAGCUCUCCAGCCUCUCUUACUUCGCCGCCAUCUUCCCGCACCUGCUCACCCGCCGCGCCUCCUUCGCCCCCGGCCAUUUCUGGAUGCCCGGCCUGCUCGGGUACGUCGUCAAUGCCCUGAGCUGCGUCUACAUUCUCGCCUUCGUCGUCAUCUUCUGCUUCCCGUACGCUUUGCCCACCGACGCGCAGACUAUGAACUACGCCAGCCUGAUGACCGGCGGACUGACCCUGUUUGUGACCGCGUGGUGGCUCGUCAAGCAGAAGGAUUACAAUGGGCCCAAGGAGGUGCCCGUCUCUGACAAGGUGGUCGUCGAAGGAGUUGUGGACUUGUAG